UAUAGAGAAGUAGUGUAGAGAAGUAUAGGAGAGAAGAAGAGGCGGAGGAGAGGAGGGGUGCGGCUCGGUUGAGCUGGGGAUUUUAUUCCUCUCCAACCGAGGAACUUGCCGACUCCUCCUUUCCCACUCUUUUGUCGUUCACUCUUUCAGUUUGAUUCAGUGCAGGGAGAAUCAGAUUAGUUGAAGGACUUGAAAGGUAUUAGAAAGGUAAUCGACUUGCUACGACUAUUUUAGCGCAGCGAGAAGCAAGAUCUAGUGAGUGCAUCAUGGUCGGAUCCACGGUAUCCCCAGUCGACGACGAUGGCGAGAUUGAAUCCAGAGCACCACCACAACUAUCUACCAACUCUACGUCCGCGACGGCCAACGGCGACGAGGACGAUCUUGAUGAUCUCGACGAUCUGCUGGAUGAGUUCACGAUAAGUCCGCAGACGUACUCGAAAUCGAAAGCGCCGACUGCGGGGAUAGCGUCGCAAUCGCAGACGUCCUCUACAGAUUCCACAUCGACUACUACCCUCCAAAACGGGUCCUCAACUCCCUCCGCACCACAUCCCCCACAACCCAACGCAACCACGCCCACCAGCGCAACCACCCACGCGCCCGCCCCAUCCACCACCGCCCCCUCACCCAGCACACUACUCCUCGACCCCGAGACCGAAGCGCUCGACAGCGCGGAGGACGAGUUUGCGCGGCAGCUCGAGCAAGGGUUCGAGAGCAUGCUGGCCGAGCUCGAGACGGAUCCCGAGAGCCGGCGGAAUUUCGAGGCGAUCAUGUCUGAGAUUGGAAAGUACUCUGACGGCGGGGGCGAGGUUGACGAUACCGUGCUCGGGGUGGCGAACGCGGCUGCGGUGGGGGCCGGGGCGGGGAAGGGGGCGAGUAAGGAUACGUUGCAGGACGCGAUUGCGAAGACGAUGGAGCGGAUGAAGGAGUCGGGGGAUAAAGUUGAUCGGGAGAUCAUUGAUGGAAACGGAGGGAUGGAGGACGACGAUUUCCUUGCGGCGAUGAUGAAGCAGUUGGAGCAGGCCGCUGUCGGCGGCGAAGGUGGCGGUGAGGGCGAUCAGGCAGGAGGACUUGGUUCGGACGAGGAUCUGACGCAGAUGCUGUCGGGGAUGAUGGAGCAGUUGACGUCGAAGGAGAUUCUCUACGAGCCAAUGAAAGAGCUGGACGACAAAUACAGCGACUGGCUUGCGUCCAACCGCGGGACGCUGGACGCGGAGGAAGCGAAGCGGUUCGAGGCGCAGCGGGUGGUUGUGCGGGAGAUCGUGGUGCGGUUCGAGAAGGAGUCGUAUAGCGACGAGGAUCCGGACGAUCGGAGGUAUAUCGCCGAGAAGAUGCAGCUGAUGCAGGAGUCUGGGUCGCCGCCGGCGGAUAUCAUGGGCGAGAUGGGACCGGCGGGGAUGGAUCUGAAUGAUCUCGGUAGUGAAUAUAAGAGAUUAUGA